UUAUUCACAGUUUUAGGACUAUUCGUUCGCAAUUUUGUCUUUCCAAGCAAAUUAAUCGCCCUUUUCAGCGACCUAUCUCGCAAAACAUGAAACCCUGUUCCGCAGACGACAAGCUUUGCUAGCGCGCGUUGCGCGUUCGGUCGUGGAAUCAUUGGAAUGCUGGGUAGUCCGGGCUGUCCGGGCGCCUGCGCACCAUUCGCAGAACGCCUCCCAGAUAUGAAUGAUUCUUCAAGUUAUGGCAACGUUGUGUCUACAAUGAUUGAAAAGUUUAACACCAUUUACUCCAAAAAUACCCCUGAGAAUGGGUACCCACAAAUGUAUACAGAGGAUCACUAUGCAAGCGACAACCGACCAAGAGAAAAUGGAAUGGAAGACUGCGGACCAGGUGUAAACCGAUCCACCAAAACCUUCAAGCCAAAGAAAAGUCUUCCAGAUGAGAGCUACCAGUGUGAUUUGAUGAAAUAUUCUUCUGAUACUCUUGGUUCUGGUGACCUGAGAUUGGCUGUUCAACUACCUGAGGGAGGAGAUCUUAAUGAAUGGGUGGCUUCAAACACGGUAGAUUUUUCCAAUCAGAUCAACAUGCUCUAUGGAACACUGACAGAGUUUUGUACAGAGGAUGGGUGUCCAAUCAUGUCUGCUGGACCAAAGUAUGAGUACCACUGGGCUGAUGGCCACACUGUGAAGAAACCCAUCAAGUGCUCUGCUCCAAAGUACAUUGAUUACUUGAUGACAUGGGUGCAGGAUCAGUUAGAUGAUGCCUCAUUGUUUCCAUCAAAAAGAGGAAUACCUUUUCCUAAGAAUUUUCUCUCAAUCGCCAAGACAAUUCUCCGGCGUCUUUUCAGAGUGUAUGCUCAUGUAUACCAUGAACAUUUUUUGGAUGUUCUGCAACUUGGUGAAGUUGCUCAUUUAAACACCUCUUUCAAGCACUUCAUUAUUUUUGUAAACGAGUUCAGCCUCAUUGAUAAGAGAGAACUCGCACCUUUGCAAGAGCUUUGCGACAAGUAUGUGAACAAAGAUGACUGAAACACUUCAAGAGCAGAGGCAUCCGCUUCAUAUUUAUCUUGCGAAGUGAUAUGUGCUAUGUGCUGAAUGUAAAGUCCGUCCAGUGUAUAUCUGUCAGGAGAUGUAUACAUCAAAUAAUUUUUGCAAUGUUAUAUUUGUAUGACUUUGAUAAAUUUAAAUAUUUUUACUGCCCUUAAAUUCAGCUUGAUUGUUUUGUAUGGCAGACUGAUUCUUUUUUAUUCUAUUGUGAAAUUUAAUUUUAUUGUUGAAACAUUAAUACAGUUUUAUAUGUAAUUUUAGUGUUAGUGAAAUAAUAAAUUUGCUGUUUAUUGUUAACAGUGUUUGUUUCAAUUAAACCUAUAUAAUUUAUUGUGUUUUUAACUCUUGCUGUACUGUGACAUGUGGCCAAAUCUCCUUUACCAUAUUUGUAAAACUAUUUUGUAAGUUUUGAUGAGCCCUUCCUAGUGCAUAAUCUUUUAUGUAAUAUGUAAGAGGCUUGUUGGUCACUCAUGUUUUUGUACUCCUGUACAACAGUGUAUCAAUUUUACUGUCUUGUGUGAAUAUCAAUUUACAAAUUGCAUUUUAAUUGGAGCAUUUCAGAAGAGAUAGAACAGACUACAUAAUGCGUUUCCUCAUGAGACCCUUACUUGCCAUUCCUGUUAAGAAGUUACAACCAUUUUGAAGCAUGUCUGUAUUAGGUAUUAGAAGGAACAGUUUUACCAUAAUCACCUAAUGUAAAUGUCUUAAAUAUACCGCGUUUAAAAUAAAGAUGCAUCAAUCCAGAA